AUGCGCAGUACUGCUUCGGCUGGCGGUAUAGCUAGCCUUCGCCCUGCCGUUCUCGGCAUGGCCCGGGUCGUCGGUCUCGGACUCUCCUCCGUCGCCGCCGCGCCUCUCUCUGUCCAGAAGUCCAAUCACGGCGAGGAUGAAGCUCCCGCCACACCUCUCUGGGUGCUCUGUGUCGCCUCAAUGGCCCUGGUCCUCCUCGGCGGUGCCUUUGCUGGUCUAACCAUCGCCUUGAUGGGCCAGGAUAGCAUCUAUCUCCAGGUCCUCUCAGGCGACCCUGAAGAACCCCAACACAAGAAUGCCAAGCGCGUCCUCGACCUCCUCAACAGGGGCAAGCAUUGGGUCCUCGUCACCCUGCUCCUCGCCAAUGUCAUCGUCAACGAGUCGCUUCCCGUCGUCCUCGAUCGUACCCUCGGUGGUGGCGUCGCCGCAGUCGUCGGCAGUACCGUUCUCAUCGUAAUUUUCGGCGAAAUUGUCCCCCAAUCCAUCUGCGUCCGAUACGGCCUGCCCAUUGGCGGUUACAUGUCCAAACCCGUCAUCGCCCUCAUGUACUUUCUCAGCCCCGUCGCCUGGCCCACGGCCAAACUCCUCGACUGGAUCCUUGGCGAGCACCACGGCACCGUCUACAAGAAGAGCGGCCUCAAGACCCUCGUCACCCUCCACAAGUCUCUCGGCGACCUCUCUGAGCGCCUCAACCAGGACGAGGUCACCAUCAUCACCGCCGUCCUCGACCUCAAGGACAAGCCCGUCUCCGAAGUUAUGACCCCCAUGGAGGACGUUUACACCCUCUCCGAAGACCACAUUCUCGACGAAAAGACCAUGGACAACAUCCUGUCCUCUGGUUACUCGCGAAUUCCGAUUUACCGCUCUGGCCAACCCACCGAUUUCGUCGGCAUGCUCCUCGUCAAGACCCUCAUUACCUACGACCCAGAAGACAGAAUACCCGUCCGCGAAGUGCCUCUUGGUGCCAUUGUCGAAACUCGCCCCGAAACGAGCUGUCUCGACAUUAUCAACUUCUUCCAAGAAGGCAAAUCUCAUCUUGUCCUGGUCUCCAACAAUCCCGGCUCUGACCACGGCGCCCUCGGUGUUGUCACGCUUGAGGAUGUAAUUGAAGAGCUUAUUGGAGAGGAAAUCGUCGACGAAUCCGACGUCUACAUCGACGUUCACAAGGCUAUCCGACGCCUCACACCCGCCCCCCGCGCUCGCUGCAGCCACGUCGACGCUGCCGCUGCCGCCGGACACGCCGGGACCGCCAUCGCCGCUAAGAAGACGUCCGAAAAUACGAGGCUAGUGGGGUCCGAGGAGACGGGCGACGGCUCCCGGCUCAAGGUUGGCUCACUGGGCGCCCUCAGCGACGGCGGCGACGACCGAUACAGCCCCAAGGUCGCCGUGCUGAUGAAGCGCCGCGGCUCCGCCGGCCCGGACGGCCGUUUCGAGGCGCCCAUCGCCGUCAAGACGUCCCUCAAGGAGAUGAAGUCGUCGCAACUGCGCCUCGGCCCCGCCAACCGCGCCGCCCACCCGCGCAGCAACACGCGCAACGUUUUCAAGAUCAAGCAGGGGCUCACCCCACAGCGCAUCACCACACUCAAGGCGGACGCCGGCGCCAUAGCGGCCGUCAACGGCGACAGGUCUCCCUCGACGCACAGCAUCGUAACGGCGCUGCACGCAGACCUAGAUCACCACUACGAGCCCCUCCCGGCCGCCGCCGUCGCCGCCGAUGCCGAGCAGCAGCUGCAACAGCCCGACGACGAGACGACGCCGCUGCUAAACUCGGACACCAACGGCGCGGAGACGAUAAAACCGUACGGGGCGAACGGCAACUCGAAAAACAAAAAGAGCAAGAAGGGCAAGAAGAAAUGA